ACAAAGUCAGUCCCAAAUUUUCUCGCAGAGUUGACCGCACGCCGCCUGCAGGCGAGGGGAAGAGGGGGGAGCACUUAGCGCCGGCCAGAAUGGAUCUGUUCGCGCGCGCACGCAGUGUCAUUGACCACCGAGGAGCGUCGGCUGUAACGCGGCGUCAGAGUCGUGAGCAGGACGCGCAGGACACACAGGACAGUCGGGAACAGGACCAGGAUCGCGUUUUAGGUGGUCCAAAGGCCAAAGUACGUGCGCUACUGGACGAAAUGCUUGCCAGCGCUUCCUGGGGUGAAAAGGAGCACGAGGGCGAGGAGCGUCGCCUGUUAAAUGAGCUCCAGACCUGCAUACUAGACGCAGAGAGUCGCCAAGCACUCGAGCAGUUGCCCAAGCGCAUGUGCGCCUACGAAUUUAAACCUGGAGAUAUCGCGUGGAACUGCAAAGUGUGCCAGGUGGACGAGACGUGUGUGAUGUGCAACGACUGCUUUAUAUCCAGUGACCACGAGGACCACGAGGUCUUCUUCUACUACACACAUAGUGGAGGCUGCUGCGACUGUGGAGACACCGAAGCUUGGGCGCCCGAAGGCUUCUGUACACGACACAAGGUAGGAGAUGAUAGUUUGUGGAUGGAGGGACAAUAUGAUAGCUGAUAUUUUGACACUACAGGGAGCACAAGACGCAGACCCACUGAGCUUCUUGCCUCCAGAUCUGCUGGCAAAUUCUCGUGAAUGUAUCGGGGAAGUGAUGAAAUUGGUACUGGAUUCUGUAAAAGAGGCCAGGUUUGGCUCCGUGAUAAAUGAAGACGAUCUCGAGGUCAUGCGCGAUAAACUGGGGAGCGAGGCGCCUGAUAGACGUUACUCGGUUAUUGUACACUACAACGAGCUGCAGACGUCGCAGGAAUUCGCGACGGCGCUGAAUAAAGCCCACCCUGCGAUUGCCUAUCAAAUGCUUAAAAUCGUCGGUGAGACUUCGUCGCAGAAGCAGAGUACUGUGCGUGCUAAGGCUUCUCGUGAAGAUGUUCUGGAGUUGGCAGCUUCAUUGCAUAAGCACGGCAUUGUGACUUCUAUUGUUUCCUGCGACUAUAAAGCAAGAGUGCCUCUUAUUAACUCGUUGCUUCAGUGGCUUGCUUCACUUGCAAACCUUUCCGAUGGCCUCUGUCGCCUAAUUUGCGAGAAGAUGUGUGCUGUAGAGAGUUUAGAGCACAGCGAGAACAGCAUGGAAGUCGAUGAAGCAGACGAUUACCCGAUGCUUAGGGCUGUUAUUAUGGCUGACUCAUUCCUGCCUAAAACCGAGAGUGACGCUCUUCACAGCCUACUGAUGGCUCUCCUGGCUGACCCUCUUUUCAAGCAAGCGUUCGCCAUCUCAUUCACAUCGUCAUAUCGCCAGCUAUAUCGAGAAUUCGCGGCGGGAGUGGGCAGCUCGACCUCAACAAUACUAGCAUUCAGCGUGCAAUUCUUCAACCGAGCAACUUUUGUGAAAAAGCUUGUUGCCGAGUACGAUCUUCUGGAAGUUUUGAUAAACUCAGUACUUGAAACUCUGCGCAAGAAGCCCAGAACAGAUUUUAUCGAUAUUGCGUUCGAAGAUACUUGGAACAGCAUGAUACACGUGCUGCAUCCAGACCACAACCGAGAGCUUGAUGUCUGGGAUGUCUUUGCGAUGGGGAUUCAACGUUCACAAGGCUCUACGUUACGCGACGUCAAUGUGAGCACACUGGUACUAGAAGCGGAACGUGCAGGUUACCAUAUCAGGCAUCAAAAGGAGAUGUCGCCAUUCCUAAGUUUACCUCCGGAGACAGAGCUUACGGGGCGUUUCGAGCUGGAUGUUACGUCACCAGUAUUCGUGUAUCGCCGCUAUAUGUCGGGACUGCUGGAUCUGCGCUAUGUUCUACAGAUUGAAGGGAUUUCAGAGAGUUUUGUAUUGGAGAAAGGAGGCUCUCGCUUGGCUCGGUUUCUGCUGUAUCUAGCGUAUAUUCAAAGUGCAUGCUCAGAAGCUCGACGAUUCGGAGACCACGUGGAAAUGGAGUCGCGUGGAUGGGUCGUGACUGUGGAGUUUGUAUCGACGACAUCGGACGUGUCUUCGUGGGUUGUAUCGAACGCUUUCAAAACUGCUGGAGGACCCGAAGCAACACGUUCCUCGGAAGCUUCACGGCAUCUGAUCGCUAAGUUAGCAAAACCCAUAUUAGAGGCGUAUUUCUUCUGGUUAGCGUCCAGUGGCAAGUAUUUUCCUCCACCUGACUACCAGGUUGGAGACACUCUUCGCGCAGACCAGAUUGAGACUGCGGUGUCAUGUCAUUUCCCACUCCAACGCACGCUUUCGCAAUUGAUUCGGGCUUUAAGUGAUUCCGCGAAUGGCUUGGAUAUUUUCCUGUCGAUGGUGCAGAGCCGAGUAUUAGAGGACGACGAAUCGGUGUGGGUUCACGACGCUGAUAGCCCGAUUGGUUUCUGGCAUCGCGUGCAUCUUAUUGAGCCUGUUCUCCAAGCUAUUGUAUGGGAUGCUCAAGUGCACUCAGGCUUGUGGGUACGCAACGGUAUGUCGGUGAUCAACCAUAGUAUGAACUAUGGCGAACCACCGUUUUGUGCGCGAUUCCGUGAUCUCGAUUUACUAUUGCUGCAGUUUAGCUUCCAGCUAUUGGGCGUUGAUUGGGUGAUGGCAUCGAUCAUGGAGCGCUUCGACGUCGAGGAGUGGUAUGAGGCAGCACAGAGCGCUGAUGCGAAGGAGGCGGAGCUGAUGGUGACCGAGUGUCUGGCCUUGCUGUCCCAGCUUGCGUCUGAACUGCCACCUAAGGUUACAGAAGGCGACGCAAUGCGCAGUUUAAUUCCGUAUUUGCGCCGAGAAAUUGUACAGCGCUUGUGCGUCGGCCCAUGCGCUCAUAGCGACUUGUCCAAGAUUGCAAACGAAUUUUUCAUGAGUCGCGAGAAUCUGUUCCCAGCCAGUUUCUCAGGAGGUCCCGUGCUUGACCAGAUCUUGAAGGAGGUGUGUGUGGAAGCAGGCUUCUCGGCGUCGUCUGGAUCUGGGGACUCGGCCGCACCAGGUGGAGGCAAAUUCCAGUACCGAUUGAAGCCGGAGCUGUAUGCAGAGUAUAACCCGACGUUUGUGCACUUGACGCGCAAGCAGCACGAAUCCGCUCAUGAAAACUGGUUCCAGCAUCGCCUCCGUUCGUCUAAAAAGCGAGAGCAAGAGCAGGCAGACGGCAGCCCGAACAACACCCACUCGACUUGGCUUGAUUAUCCAAUGGUGAACAUGUUUUUGCCGUGUCCGCUUGGCUUCCGGUUGUCUCGUAUUUCAAUUCUGCAUGAAGACGUGCGAAGAUUGGUGUACGAGUCGUUGUGGCGAGCCACAACCGAUGCGCAUAGUAGUCUCAGUGUUCUAUCGCGAGCGGUGCAUUUGUUCACGCUACAAUUGUAUGUAGUGGAAGAUGUACGGUACUUCCAGACGAUGGUUCCUGCCUCGGACGCGGAGAACUUUGAACGAGAGCGAGCUUCUCGGAUAGCAGACAGCUUUAUCGAGUGGAUCCCACAAGAACAGCCGAGUUUAUUCUCCGACGCGGAGCCACGAUGCGCGAUACUAAAUCUAUUGUUGAAGCUGAACCCUUGGUCCAGCCAUGGUGGCAGCGCAAGCAUGACGAAGCUGGACGGCGAUCAGAAGCACGAAAUUGGACGAGGAAUUGAUUGGCUAUUGCAUCGGCUGUCCCGCAUUAGUCCGGAAUGUCGAAGCGUUGUGGAACAGCAUCAGGUGACCGAGCAAGAGUCUCGCGACGAAGCUGCACGCAAGUUGGCGUUGGCCCAAAGACGUAAAGAGGCCCAGAUGCGUGCCAUGAGGCAGAUGCAGCAGCGACAAGCAGCUUUUGCUGAACAGAUGAAGGCAAUGGCAAACGAAGCAGAUGCUGUCGGCGAAGAGGAAGUUGGUGUGGAUAAUGAACGCGAGAAACAUGCGCACAAUGCAACGGAUGCUGCCGGGGACGAUAGUGACGUUGAAAUGGACGACAACGAGACUACGAUGAGCGAUGAUACACCUGCUGUGGAGUGCGCGAUGUGCCACUCGGUGAACUCGGAGAACAGCUUUAUGUGCUAUGUGGGCUUCGCUCAAUGCUCUCCUGUGCUCUCUCGACUAAAUGGAGGCUCGCAUGGUCAAUAUCUGAGUACACCUAUGGAUGAAAUGCACGUCGGUGAAGAUAUUCCAGUGCAUGUACGUCUAUGUGGCCACUCAGUGCACCAUAAGUGCUGGGAAUCGUAUCAUACGUCGCAAUUCCAACGCGCAAUAACUGGUGGACACCAUCGUCAUGCACUCAAUGCUGUCGAUGUCACCAAGAAGGAGUUUUUGUGCCCAUUGUGCAAGUCAAUCUCCAACGUGUUAAUUCCUACAACAACCGACGAUGAGAGCAAGUUUCUCCCUGCUAUGAAGCGCCGAGUAUCAGUCGAUGGAUCUGGGGAGCGAGCUAUGGCUACAGUAACGCAGUUAGAGAUGGUUCGUUGGCUGGAGCAUGCUGUUGGAAGAGAUACACAGACUCAUACAGAGGAUAUGAAUGGCUCAACUGAUAUCAGCGAGGACGCGAGUGCAAUGCUAUUGGAGCAGAAGCCAGCUUUAAUCUCGUCGAGUGACGAAGAUCCUAUCGAAACGGUGCAUCUGAACAAGUGGCUAGAGAACGGCCUGGCUUCACUCUGCAUGGCAAUUCACAAGGUGGCGUGUGGAGCGAUGCAGAAGUCCCAACCGGAACGCUACACCACGUCAGGUUGUAACGCGCUGUUCCACACGCUGCUGUGCUCUUUCCUAGACACUCAUGACACAGAUCAGCUGCGAGAACACCUCUUCUUGGAAGCCAUGCGUUUUCUCCCGUUGAUGCUGAAGCACGUCAACAUACGCUUGCCCCCGAAUGCAUCAGUGGAACCGACAGAUUUGUAUUCGAGAAUCCUACACUUGUUAUUCUACGGCGGAUCGGAUGUUCGUCCGGAUGGAACGGUGGUGCUGGAGAGCGAACAUCCCAGUACACAGACUCAAACGCGAAAGCAGAGCCAGUGGGGGAAGGUGCGAUGGCCACAGAAGCCACUACUGCUUAAUCACUUGGGAAGUGUGCUGAUGAAGGGGUUACUGCUGGCGAAGAGCGAGGAAGAUGCGGUGUUUGUUGCUCGGCUCGUGGUGCUUGCACGUCUUGUGCAGACACUGCUGUGGUACGCGAUCACACGGAAAGAGGAGUUCACGAAUGCGAUGGCAGAUGAUCUCGCGUUCUCGGAAGAGAAUGUGGCGUUCUUUACGGCCUGCUUUACGGACGAAAGCGCCGAUGAUGGAGACAAUCGUGAGGACGCUGUGGGACGUCAAUUGGAGCUGCUUCUGGAGACACUUAUGAGGAAAUGUGACGGCGCGUUUGAAGUGGAACCUAUUGUUGCAGACAAGCGCCAGCUUCUGAACGUCGUGGCAUGCGAAGUCGUUCCUCUUGCCAAGGUGGCUACGUUCAUGAUUCAGUCACUGACUAGACGAGUUCGUGCUGGGACGAUAGCUGCUUCGAAACCAAUAUUUAUUACUCAAGAAGACGUCUCCGCCAUUGGCUUUGUGAAGCUGAAUGCUCUGCAACUCGACGAGAACAGCAGUUCUGAGCAGACUGCUCUCACUCAACUCGUAUUUGCGUGGGUGCACCGCUUCAAGGCCGCAUACGAAGAGAUGAAUGACCCGCACUCUGUUCUCCAGCAAUGGCUUACAACGGCCAAUGUGGAUCGCACUCCGAAGUUGGUGCUACCGUCUGUGUUAAGGAGAGAUCUUCACACGAUGCACUCGACCAUUUCGGUCUUCUCUUCGGGCGCUAAUCGCACGCGGUAUCUCCGCUCGCUGCCUCGACCGUACGUUAAAUUCUACUCGGAGCUGGCGAAGCGCAAAUGCCAAUCGUGUCACCAGUUCCCUGCCCGGCCUGCUGUCUGCUUGCUGUGUGGAAUGCUGCUCUGCGCCGCCAAUACAUGUCCGUCGAUCCACUUGGACAAAGGUGGAUACCCGGACGAGGCCAAUCCCGGUGCGUGUACCGUUCAUGCCAAGAAGUGUGGGCGAGGCAGCGGUAUGUUCUUGUUAGUACUGGAAGGUGCCGUGCUGCUUGUGUACUGGAAGCUGGCAGCGUAUGUGGGGAGUCUCUACGUGGACGAGUAUGGAGAGGAGUUCGGCGAACGCAACCGCGAACUGAGCAAGGGCCGUCCACUUUACCUCAACGAGGAGCGACGUGAACGGCUUCUGCGACUGUGGCUGCGUCACGAGAUCCCCAACGAGGUCGUCAAGAUCCAGAACAGCUCCGAACGUGUCAUCCGCAACAGCCACUACUGAUCGAUGUAAAAGCAAGAGAAAUUCCACGCCCUACCGCUGGCAGUGUCAAUAGCGAGCUCGGCCACUGCGUAGACACUGGUCGAGCGUCAACCAAUAAACAAUAAACGAGGCAACUGAACUUUGAAUUAAAGUCUGAAGCAGUGCGUCACAGUAGACGGAGCACUAUGACACCGGACACGUGUUUAUUGUGAUUGGCCAAAUAUGCUAUUUGAAC